AUGUUCCCAGCAUUACUCCACUUGCUUAGUUCUAGACUUUGAGGUUCUGCAUGACCAAAAACCAUGGAUGUUAUGCUUCUUCUAUCCCUUUGAUUCUUAAUCUACACUCACGGGAUUUUGUCGAUUCUUCUAUCAAGAAUUGUAAUUUUCCGAGUCUUUUAGGUGAGCUGCCCUCUAGUUUACUCCGACGGUUGGAAUCUCAAGAGCUCCCUUGUUUGUUUCUAGCAAUUUCGAGGGAAUCUUAAUUAGUUUAAAGGGGUUUUUGUUUCUUCUAAUUAUCCGAUAAGAUUUCAUAUAUUGGCUCUGACUUCAUUGGAAGGUGUGUUCAAGGGUGGAUCAGUUGAGAUCGAAAAGUGUAAAUGCAGUUUAAACCGUCUGCUGUUAAGUCGGUGCCCAUGUCCAAGAUGGUGGGAACAGAGAUGAUGUUUUCAACCUCCUUUAUAAACCCAGGGCGCAUGGCUGGUUGCAGGGAGGUUAUUAUGCAAUCGUUUUCGUGCAGAGUUACAUAUCCCAAGGCUUCUUAUUCAAGUAUUUCACAUAAUACCAUCAGAUCAGUCGGAGAAGAAAUUUUAUUCGAGUCUUUUCCUUAUCGAGUCAAUGGAACAAACAGUUCGAGUAUGUAUUACGAGGAUGCCAGGGUGCUUGAUGCAUUCGAUGAUGAAUAUAAUGGAGUAAUCGUUCAUUCAGAAGGUCUACCAUCUAAUCCAACUUCUUUUGCCUCCAUACUUCGUUCAUCACUUUCUCAUUGGAAAGCCAAGGGCAAGAAGGGUGUGUGGCUCAAGCUGCCAAUAACAAAAUCUGAAUUUGUUCCUAUAGCAGUAAAGGAAGGGUUUCAGUACCACCAUGCAGAAAGCGAAUAUGUCAUGAUGACAUAUUGGAUUCCUGAAGAACCUUGCUUGCUCCCAUCUAAUGCCUCCCAUCAAGUUGGAGUUGGGAGUUUUGUGAUAAACGAAAACAAUGAGGUGUUAGUAGUACAGGAAAAAUACAGUCCCACAGGGCUAGCUGGCCUCUGGAAAAUACCCACUGGUUUCAUUCUUGAGUCUGAGGAGAUUUUUACGGGUGCUGUGAGAGAAGUUAAAGAGGAAACUGGAGUUGACAGUGAAUUUGUGGAAGUCAUAGCUUUCAGGCAUGCUCACAAUGUGGCUUUUGAGAAGUCAGAUUUGUUUUUCAUCUGCAUGUUACGAUCUCUUUCUACACAGAUUAUGGUUGACGAUCAUGAAAUUCAAGCAGCCAAGUGGAUGCCUUUGGUUGAGUUUGUAAAGCAGCCUUUGAUCCAAGAAGACACUAUGUUUAAGAAAAUCACUGACAUUUGCAUUGCGAGGAUGGGAAAGCGUUAUUGUGGAUUAGCAGUCCAUCAACUGGCCUCUAAAUUUGAUGGCAGGCUUUCCUCUUUGUACUUCAACAUUGUUGAAGACGCAAAUUCUACCUGUCAAACCAGUUAAAAUUGCACAGGCAGGAUUCAAACAGCACAUAGUACUUUGACAGCAGAUAUACCUUCAAGGAAUGCUUCAUUGCUGCAUCUCUUUUCUGAUUUUUUGCAUCUGAUGGAGAUAAAGCAGCCAUUACAUAUAUCUUGGCAGUUGGCAUGAUCAUUGAUGAAUUAAGUAUUACAACGGAUGCAUAAAUUGGCAGCAAAUAACCCUGUACUGAUGUAUAUAUCUUGAAGUGUAAAAUGCAGUAACAUAAUGUUUGAUUGUGUAAAUGAUUUUUACUAUAUAUCUAAUACAAGGAAAGUUUGACACACAUUUUCUAUAUAACCAUCUAUCAGAACUUGCUGUUUGUAGCGAAAGAAAA